AUGAAGCUCAAGAGCCUCUUGCUCCGGUACUACCCACCAGGAAUUAUGUUGGAAUAUGAAAAAAGCGGAGAAUUGAAGACCAAAUCCAUAGAUUUACUUGAUCUUGAGCCCAGUACUGAUGUCAAUGCUUUAGUUGAAGAAAUCCGCAAAGCAGAACCUCUGAUCACAGCUUCACGGACAGAGCAAGUCAAAUUUUUAAUACACAGAUUACAAGAGAAACUUGGCCAGCAUGGCAACCACAAAUUUUAUCUUUUUAAGGUUCUCAGGGCACAUAUAUUGCCACUGACUAAUGUUGCACUUAACAAAUCGGGCUCAUGCUUCAUCACAGGGAGCUACGACCGGACCUGCAAGCUGUGGGACACGGCAUCUGGGGAGGAGCUGCACACCCUGGAGGGCCACAGGAACGUGGUGUACGCCAUAGCCUUCAACAAUCCUUACGGUGACAAAAUUGCCACUGGGUCCUUUGAUAAGACUUGUAAACUCUGGAGUGUGGAAACAGGAAAAUGUUACCAUACCUUUAGGGGCCAUACAGCAGAAAUAGUGUGUUUAGCAUUUAACCCUCAAAGCACAUUGGUGGCUACUGGAAGUAUGGACACAACAGCCAAAUUGUGGGAUAUUCGGAAUGGAACGGAGGUGUUCACUUUAACAGGACAUUCUGCUGAAAUCAUCUCCUUGUCAUUUAACACUUCAGGAGACAGAAUCAUCACGGGGUCUUUUGAUCACACAGUUGCAGUGUGGGAUGCUGAUACUGGAAGGAAGGCAUAUACUUUAAUUGGUCACUGUGGUGAGAUUAGCAGUGCCGUGUUCAACUGGGAUUGCUCUCUCAUAUUAACUGGCUCUAUGGACAAGACCUGCAUGCUAUGGGAUGCUACAAAUGGAAAAUGUGUGGCAACUUUAACAGGCCAUGAUGAUGAAAUACUAGAUAGCUGCUUUGAUUACACUGGAAAGCUUAUUGCAACAGCUUCAGCAGAUGGAACAGCAAGAGUUUUCAGUGCAGCCACCAGAAAAUGCAUUGCCAAAUUGGAAGGUCAUGAAGGUGAAAUUUCAAAGAUUUCUUUCAACCCCCAAGGGCACCGUCUUCUAACUGGCAGCUCCGACAAAACGGCUCGAAUCUGGGAUGCUCAGACUGGCCAGUGCCUCCAGGUUCUUGAGGGGCACACGGAUGAAAUCUUUUCUUGUGCUUUCAACUAUGAAGGCAACAUAGUCAUCACAGGCAGCAAGGAUAACACCUGUAGGAUCUGGCGCUGACUGAAGGAAGCCGGUCUGUGAGCGGACUUGCCAGCAACAGUGACCAGGAACUUGAGCCUCACAGACGACAGGC